GAAGGAAUUACAAAUGACAAUGUUUUUAAGCAUACAGAGCUAAGCUAGGAAUGCUGAACACUGUGUCGAAGAUUCGAGGACAGGUGAAAACCACCGGCUACCCGCAGACGGAAGGCUUGCUGGGCGACUGUAUGCUGAAGUACGGGAAGGAGCUGGGCGAGGGCUCCACGUUCGGCAAUGCAUUGAUAGAAGUUGGGGAAUCCAUGAAGCUAAUGGCUGAGGUGAAAGACUCUCUGGAUAUUAACGUAAAGCAAACUUUUAUUGAUCCACUCCAGUUACUCCAAGACAAAGAUCUAAAAGAGAUUGGGAAGCUGUUCCCCGUCUCCCCUGUGCUGUGUCUCAGACGCCGGGAGUGACUUCUACCUGUGUCUAUGGAUUCCAAACACUUCUUGGCCC